AUGUCAAUUCUCUGUUUGACAGAUCAUCCUGGAAAAGUUAGUAUUAUGGCUAUGGCUAUUUCACCAUUUGCGUCUACGAAAGAGACUACUAACUAUGCAAGGUUAUGCCGCCUCCUGGUGGAUGUUGGAUCUCAGGUGCUUCGGUCCACUUUUGACACAAUACAUCCACCAGCGACUCUACAUACAGUUUUGGGAAGUACCUCAGUGCAUUACGCUACAUUGCAAUCACUGUACAGAGGAAGGAGGAAAGUGCUGAAUCCCACGCAAUGGGGAAAGUUGUACCCUACUCACGCACCUGUGUCUUCUGCAGCCUUCGAUAUCACACUUCUGACGGUGCUUCUUAGAAAUAUCUGUGGUUUGGGCCCUCCUGCCAAUGGAUGGGAUCGUCUUCCCCUAGCUACAAACAUAAGCAUCGCAGAUGACAUCGCCAGAGUCAAGUAUUACAGGAACACUGUAUACGGCCAUGCUUCUCAAGCCUCUGUGGAUGACAGCAGUUUCAGUGCUUACUGGCACAAAAUACGAGAACCUUUGGUGAGACUGGGAGGAGCUCAUUUUAGAGCUGAUAUCGACAAUCUUGAGCACGACUGCAUGGAUCCAGAUAGCGAGGAGCAUUAUCGUGAACUGAUGAAACAAUGGAAGAAAGACGACGACAGCAUCAAAGACAAGCUUGAAGAAAUUGAAGGUAAGAAAAGCAUUGUCCACUGCCAAUGUGGAUGAAUCAGAAGGCUACAAAUAUAUAUAUUUUCAGUUAACACAGCAUUGCAGGCGAGCUCAUGAAGUUUUCAUUUUGGUCGGAACUAGUCUUAUAUUUAGAAGGUAUUUUUGCGUCAUAUGUGAAAAAUGAAGAAUUAGCCCCAAUGUUGAAACUGUGUGUUCAUUUGUAAUAUUUUGGUCUGUUCGGGGUACUCGUGUACAAUUGCUGGACUACAUUUUUGUGAUUUCUAAGCGUCCUAUUGAGUUUGAGGCCUGAGGUCGUGGGCCGAGGGCGAUACACAAGACAAAGGGCACAGUUUUUCCCGAUACGGACCGACCUUGGCUGGUGAAUAACAUUUUUUUUUCCCAAAACUUAACAAAUGGUUGCGUAAAGAACCUGAAUGAUAAAGGGCUGUAAUUACGGCAAGAUUCUCCAUAAACGGAACAAUUUAUGAGCGAGUAGAUGGUAGAGAAAACAAGGGCAAUGCAAAUGAAAGAGAGAGGUUUCAUCAAAACAUAUUUAUUUGCGUAAUGAUAUUAAAAGGUGAUUUAAAAGGCUUCCCAGAAAACUUCGAAACAAAGGAUCGGAUACCGCCCGCUGUGAGCGGGCCGGAUGGGGAGAAUACUGCCCGCUCUCGGAACCAAUCAGAUUGCAGGAUUUGUAGAAUACCGCCCGCUCACGAACUGAGAAAAAACAAAUGAAGAUACUCUAUAAUGUGUGGGAUGCCACGGAAUGUGAGAUAUUCUGCCUUGGCUACCUCUCGGAUUUGAUGGUGUUUUGACAGCACUCACACAUAUGUAUGAUCUUAGGCGAGAUAGGUUAUCGUUCUUUUUUUUCGUAUUAUCUUUCUCAUAAUGAAUCUAACUUCCUAGUAGCGUUAGAUGUGACCCACAUACUUCUGAAUAAAAUAACCAAAUCCCUCCUCCGGUCAUGUUGUGUAGUAUUCAAUUCUACAUGGUAAAAUAGUUGAAUUAGAGUCGUCUUAAGUAAAAUGGGCCAGAAUAAGAUGCAUGUGGUUAUUUUACAUUUCCUGAGGAAAAGAGUGCAGGCAGAACCUCCCACUCCAUUUCAGACGGGUCUCUAGGUUUGCUUUGCCUUUUUUUUUUUGCCUAAUGAAACAAAGCAGUGUAGUAUAACUCAUAAUGUUUUCAUUUUGGUUGGAACUAGUCACAUAUUUGGAACGUUAAUCUAGCGUUAUGUGUUAAACUGAACGAUCAAAAGGGAUUCGUUAACUUGAGUACAUAACACAUCUUUUGAGCAUGACCACAUUAUUCGCUGGAUGUCGGCUAAUGUAACACUUUUCAGGUAAUGUAUUGUUGUAAGAGCACACCUUGGCUACUAAGAUAAACCUACUCUGGCUACAAAUGAAGAUACUAGGUAAUGUGUGGGAUGAAUGGUAUGGCACGGAAUCUCAGGCUACCUCUCAGAUUGGAUAGCUUUCUGACAGCACCCAUACACAUUUGGCCGAGAAGGGUUAUUGCCUUAUUUUAGUUUUACUUUUGUUAAGGACUUAAUGAAUCUAACUUCCUAAUUCGUUAGAUUUUACCUGCAUAUUCUUGAACAGACUAAUGCAAUCCUUCCUCCACUCAAAUUUUUUGUAGAGUAUUCCAUUUUACAUGGAAAAAAUUUCUGAAUGAGGGCUGUGUUAGUAAAAAGGGGCAGGAGAAGGCGUAUGUGGUUAUUUUAAUUUUCCCAAGCGAAAACCUGUGAACGAAACUUCGCAAUGCAUUGCAGGCGGACCUCUGGUUUGUUCUAGCGUUUUUUCUUUUUCUAUGAUUAAACGACGUGAAAACGAGGGCGGAAAAGCGUUCUUUUGUUUUUUUAAACCAGUUCUUACAAUGUCCCUUUUUACCGACAAAAAUCUUACUCAGACUAUCGGCUCCAAUGAUAUCAAUAUUUAUCUCCCGAGUUUCACUAUCAGAAACCGCUGAAGCCGAGCCAUAAGUUUUUUUUAGAAUGUUGUAUAAAAUUUAAAAAAACAACAACAACAACAGAGGAAGGGAAAGGAUCUAUUUAGUUAACUUUUAAUGAUUAUAGCGACUCUCACUCGGACUAAAAGUUUCAAUGUUAUUCCACAAAAGGGUCUCUUGAGAAAAUGAUAGGCGAAAUGGUAAAGAUGGACAGCGAACUGAAAGAAGUGAAGGAAAAGCUGUGUACUUUGACAGCCUCAGUGGGAGAAAGCAAGGAUGAAGGUAAGUUGAAUUAUACAAUAAAAGUUAUCCUGCUUAACCGCAAAUUUCGCCGUAGUCAACAUGGCCUGUAUGUGAGAGAGGGAGAGAUCAUCCUAUGUUAAAGAGAUUCAGUUUUUCAAGUUAGACGAUCUCUGGAAUAAUCUCUGCGGUGUACUUUAAUUCCCUACAAUUGUUCAAACUUUCACCCGUAAUUAGCCUGGAAAACUUUAUAUUUUGAUUAGAGUGGAGAACGAAAUAAAACGAAGUACAGUUUUAACGAAAACAUUGGCAUUAAGUUCGGCUCGAUGUUAGAAAUUAACAGAGCAGGUUCCACUGCAUUUACAAGCCAAAUAGCUUUUGGUCAGUAAAUUGACAUGAAUCAUACAUUGAUACCUUUUUCAUCGUCCAAGUAAUUUCUUUGGCAGUGGUGUCGUACUCGUUCACUAAUUUAAAUUCAAUGCCGAAUACCUAGAAGCAUAAGAUGUAAUCCGCAUAUUUCUGAAUAAAAUAACUAAACCCUUCCUGCGCUCAUAUUGUGGAGUAUUCAAUUUUACAUUGGAAAUUAGUUGAAUGACGAUCGUCUUGAUUAAAAUAGGUUCCUAAGGAAAAGACUGUAGGAAAAACCUCCCACUUCAUCGCAGGCGAGCCCCCGGUUUUCUGCAGCACUUUUGAUGAAACCGCGUGACAAAGAAGGCACAAAGGCGUUGUCUGGUUUCCAUUUAUUUGUUCGUAGUCUCGGUAUAUCCCGAAAAAGCCUUUCUCAGACUACGGCUCUCCCGAGUAAUUUAUUUUACGACAGAGUUUCACCGUCAGACACCCUUGAAGCCGAACAAAAAGAGUAGGUUUACCUGAAUUCAUAAUCUAAAUGGCUUUUAAUCAGCAAGCAUGAAUCAUACACUAAAACCUUUUUGCAUCGUCCAAGUAAUUUCUUUGGCAACGGUAUCGUACUCAUUCACUUAUUUAAAUCCAGUGCCGAAUACCAGAGAGGCACCACAAUUUUGAAUGCUGCAUUCAUCAGAUUUCUUACUUAUUUUGCUACUGCUAGGUAUUUUUGAUCUAACUGAGCUUAUCAAUGGAAUUCGCCAGCUGUACAAGACUCGCGAGGGAUGGCUCUCACCAUUUCCAUGGUGUGGAGAGUUUCAGUUUUUUCUUGGCAAGGCUCAAAGUGGUCAGAAGAAAGAAAACGAGAGGAGAAAUCACUGACGUAUUUGUUGACAUGUCGUCAAUACUAGAACCGUAUGAAGAGUGUUCAGCGCCGAGAACAGUGUUGAUUGUAGGAGAACCUGGUAUGGGAAAAACCACCUAUUGUAAAAAGUACGCCUACGAUUGGGCAACAAAACAGCAAGAACCUCAGGGCUGCGGCUCAACAGCAUUUAAAGUGGUAUUGUUGUUGAAAUGUCGAGACAUCCAUUCCGACGUCUGGGAAGCCAUUAAUGAUCAGCUUCUGCCCCGAGACAUUGAUGAAGAAGUCAAACAACAAUUCUUUCAGUUUAUUCGUGAAAAUCAGUCCAGCAUUUUAUUGAUAUUGGAUGGAUUGGAUGAGUUACCGUCCAGUAAAUUGUCGAUGUUUUCCGAAUUAAUUGAAGGAAGAGUACUCCCCAGAUGCCACAUAGUUGCAACAGCAAGACACGAAGCUGGAAAGGAGGUGAGAAAAUGUUGUGAUGCGCUGCUUCAGAUCGAAGGAUUCACUGAAAAGCAUGCGAAAGGAUUUGUCACCAAGUACUUUAAAGAAAGGACGGAUUUAGCCACCAAGCUCUUGCAACGGAUGUCUCGAGAUAAAAACCUGAGAGAAAUAGCGGCCAAUCCUCUAAACACAGCACUUCUUUGCCUUUUAUGCGAAGAGUUUGAGGGCACACUCCCCGAAAGCAGAGCUCAACUGUACUUGGAUAUGGUUGAAUGUGUUUUGAGAAGAUAUAGAAAAAAGAAGGGACUAUUAGAAAAGAUCGAAGACCUGACAAACCAUUACAAACCGCAAUUGAAUCACCUUGGAAAGGUAGCGUUGAAUGGUUUACUUGACGAUAAGUUGGAUUUUAAUGAAAGUGAAUUGAGAAACCAUGCAAAAGACCUGACUGAAUUUGGAUUUCUGUCAGUGCAGCCUGGUGGCAGCAAACUGAGACAAACACUGCAUUAUGCCUUCUGAAGAAGAACUAGUUUCCGAUCCAAAGUAUUUCGUUAAACUUAAACAAAUACUUUUGUUUUCGUGUGGAAUUUUGGCCAUGAAAUGCGAUGAACAAGUUGUGGUUCUUGUAAAGAGUUUAACAAAUGAAGUCAACAAAAAUGAAGGCCGUGGUGUAAAAAUUGUAUUGGAGGCCAUCAACGAAUGCAAAAGAGAAAAAAGUGAUUUUCACUCGUAUUUAUCGAAGUCAUUUGGAACUGGUUUGAACCUGACCAAUUUGGAUUUGCCAAACAAUGGUAUUAGUGAUGCGGGUGCUACAUGUAUUGCUGAGGCAAUCAAAGUGAACAAGACGCUAACCGAUUUGGAUUUGUCAGGUAAUCGUAUUAGUGAUGCGGGUGCUACAUGUAUUGCUGAGGCAAUCAAAGUGAACAAGACGCUAACCGAUUUGGAUUUGUCAUGUAAUCGUAUUAGUGAUGCGGGUGCUACAUGUAUUGCUGAGGCAAUCAAAGUGAACAAGACGCUAACCGAUUUGGAUUUGUCAGGUAAUCGUAUUAGUGAUUCGGGUGUUACAUGUAUUGCUGAGGCACUCAAUGUGAACGAGACGCUAACCGUUUUUUAUUGGUUUUAACAACUUAAACAACUUUGAAGUAAAAGGGCACUGCCUUUAAAGUAGGCAGGUACCCUUGAAAAUUGAGGGCCGAAGGCCCGAACCUCUAGGGGUCGUUGGUUUGGUGACUACGCAAAUAUUAAUAUGUGAAAAUCAGAUUAUAUGAAGACUUGAAAUUCUAUUAGGAACGAUUGUGGCCGCUUUGUUAAAAAUCAAAUGCAAUGGCCGCUUUGUUUAAAACAAAAUAUAUCAAGAAACGGGCAAGGAAUAUUUAAUAGAUAAUUAUUGCGGCAGUCAGCGUUAUGAGAUAUAUUGCAGCCAACUGA